AUGGUGUUCGGCGACCACCUUGUGAAGUGGAUUGGGGCUGGGGAGGAGAAGGAGCCGCUCGUCCUGGAGUUCGCGCACGCCGUAAUCGAGGUAUUGGUGGACGCGCAGCGUGCCGUCGGCGUCUUGAGGUAUAUCAGCGACCAGAACAUCAGCCACAACACUGACAUUGCCCUCUUUGGUGACGUGAAAGCCAUGGAGCAGGCAGCUCACCAGACGACUAAGAGGGGCAACUUGAUGACCAGCGUGGCCAUUGCCAUUGGCGACAAUGCAUGGUGGAAGGCGCGCCUGAUGACAGCAGCGAGAAAGAACGACCAGAUGAAGACACACGCGCCGAAGGUCUCGCAGUUUCUACGGGAUUUCCAGAAGCACGAGGCGCCUACCCCGACAAAGGCGUUCUUGGCCCUGGCCAAAUCUGCUGUUGGCGAGCUUCCUUUCUUGCGCGCUGCUUUGGCACCUGGCGCCGCCGACGAGCUCGAGAGCGUUGCGAUGAACAAGCUCGCCCACGCGGUCCAGCACUGGACAAGGGGUGGUGCUGGGCAACCGGAGGGCGGUGCGAUUUCUGAGGAGGAGUUGGAGCUGAUGUCCGCAUACAAGGCGUUGCUCGCUGAGGCUGCGGACUCGUGCCCGUCUUUUGAGAACCUGAUGCAGGAGAUGCGGGACAUCGGCAAGAUCAUCGGGGACGCCGACUCGCGCGCCAAGGUUCACGCCGUCAAGAAGGUCAUCACAAAGGCGAACGCUGGCGAGAGUAUAGACGUCACGGAGCUGCUUGACAUGGCCCAAGGGAUAGAUUCGGAUGCGUUGGCGGAGGCAGAUCAUGCUGAAAUGGCUGGCUAUUUCGCUUCUCAUGUCAAGAUGCUCGCCGAGAGGGACUUCACGCCAGCCUCGAAUCGCUCGCCCACCGACUCGAGCAUGGAGUUUGAGGGCGUGCUGGUUGGGUUCAUGCGCAAGGAUUUGAGCAAGAAGGCGGAAGUGGUCCUGUCUACCUCGAGGGCGCUCAUGAAGUUGCAGCGCGAGACCGCUAUGUUGAAUGUGACAGUGGUCGAUGACUGCGACGGCGACUCUGGCUCCACGUCCGAGAAGCAGGCAUCGGCCGUGAAGAGGGAGCUGGCCAAAGUGACGAAGAUGCUGAAGAUGAAGUUCGACGACGAGGUCAUUUCGUCUGGAGAGGUGGCAUCGAUCUUCCAAGACAGGGCAACGUCUAUCGUGGACGUCUCGACGGGCUUGUGCAUGCGCGUGACGCAGGCUUGCUUGAAGAGGCGGGAGUUCGUCUUGGCGGGCGCUCGCUUGAAGGCGCAGAGCCUCUCCGUCGACAAUUCGGACCUGAUGGGCUGGGUGGAGAGGGACAAGCUCACUUGGGAGGACCUGAAGGCCAAGGCGCAGGAGCUCCUGGACGGCGCGAGCGUGGAUGGCAUCUUCAACGCGUUGGGCAACAUCGAGCAGGCGCAGACUGCGGUGACCGAGUACGCCGAGGACAUGGCGCUGAAACCCGACGCUGAUCUGAUCGGCACGACGCCAGACUUGACGAAGAAAGUUGCCAUCGUGGGUUGCGAGAUCCAGCUCAUGCAGGCGUUCUGCGAUACGAGGUGCAAGGACAAGGUCUGGUUGCGCGGGCAGUGCGUGGCGGUGCAGAAGGAGCUCGCCAAGUGGAAGGUCCUGCCCGUCGACAUGGACGAUGUGAUUUUGGCAAAGUACCGCGCCGCCCUGAAGUUGCAGGCCAUCUGA